AUGCAGGUGACAUUCUGCAGACUUCGGACUCACCAAUGGUGUUUCAUUCUGUUUAAUGUUAUCCUUUUUCAUGCCUUGCUUUUUGGGGCUGAUUUUGUGGAAGAAUAUUUUCUGCAUGCUUUGCCUUAUGUGGAUAUGAAAGUUCUUGAAGUUAAAGAUAAGGCAAGAAAAUUGAACACAGAGCCCCUAAGAAGUAAUCUUUCAAAAUAUUAUAUCCUGAGCCAGCCGGAGGUGUGUAAAGGGAAGAACAUAUUUUUGCUCUCUCUUAUCUUCAGUAGCCCAGGAAAUGGAACAAGGCGGGAUCUCAUUAGGGAAUCCUGGGGUAAUGUAAGCAGUGUCCAAGGGCACCCCAUUCUCACACUGUUUGCUCUGGGGAUGCCUGUUUUGGUAACUACCCAGCAAGAGAUAGACAAAGAGUCCCAAAAGAAUAAUGAUAUAAUUGAAGGAAUCUUCUUGGACAAUGCUGAGAACCAAACUCUGAAGAUUAUCACAAUGAUGCAGUGGGCUGUGACUUUCUGCCCUAACGCCCUGUUCAUCCUCAAGGCUGAUGAAGAGAUGUUUGUCAAUCUACCAAGCUUGGUAGACUAUCUUCUCAAUCUGAAAGAACACCUUGAAGAUAUCUAUGUAGGAAGAGUUAUCCAUCAGGAUACACCCAACAGAGACCCUAAUAGCCAAGAAUUGUUCCCUUUUAGUGAGUACCCAGAAAAGUACUACCCAGAUUACUGCAGUGGUGAGGCCUUUAUCAUGUCCCAAGAUGUGGCUCGGAUGAUGUAUGUAGUUUUUAAAGAAGUACCCAUCAUGGUGCCUGCUGAUGUAUUUGUAGGAAUCUGUGCUAAGUCCAUUGGCCUUAAACCCAUCCACAGUUCAAGGUUUUCUGGGAAAAGUCACAUCAGAUACAACAGAUGUUGCUAUAAGUUCAUUUUCACAUCCUCAGAAACUACAGAUGAAAUGCCCUUGGCAUGGAAGGAAAUUAACAACGGGAAAGAAUGUACACUCUUUGAAACCUACUACGGGCUCAUUUCCUGCAAACUUCUGACAUACCUUGACAGCUUUAAACGUUUUCACAUGGGUACCAUAAAAAAUAAUGCCAUGUAUUUUGGUGAUUAGGAUUUCUUUG